AUCCACUGUCUUUGAAACAAAAUCACAUCAUCGAGAAAAACUUUGAUAGCAAAACGCACGAAACGUCAUUCAUACUUUAAUCUGGAUUCUCAAAAUGGGCGCAAUUGUGUCUCUAAUCCGCCUCAAUAUUCGCCAAAGAGAAGUGGAAACUCAUCGAUGCAGCAUCAAGGUGGACGAAUCCAUGAGUUUCUUGCCUCCUCUCAGAAGAAGCGCAAGUUGUUUCCAACGCUUCCGACGUGCAUUUAGGAAAAGUAUACUCAUAUCGGAGCGCAAUCCACAGAGUGCCGACUAUUUCAGGAGCAAAGCUGAAAUUUUGCGAAUAAGAAAAGAGCAUGUGAUCUCAAAAUCGUGGAUAAUCCAUCCGUUUAGUAUUUUUCGGGCGUACUACGAAAUGUGGAUGACAGUAGUCUGGAUUUUAGUGCUUUUUCUAAUGCCGGCUGAUGCAGCCUUUGAUUUGUUAAACCCUAUGCACCAACACUUGCUCCAGGAGGAACGGAAGGACGUCCCAAACUCAAUUGACCCGUUAAGCCUGUGUUUGCGUCUGUUGUGCAUUGUCGAUAUACUAAUGACGUUUUUCACCGGUUUUCCCGUCAAAAAAUCGCGGAAAGUUGUAAUGCAGCAGUGGAAAAUUGCCAAAAAGUACGUUUUUAGCAUCUAUUUUAUUACCGAUCUUUUGGCUUCUCUGCCUCUGGAGUUCGUGAUCAGCGAUCACAACACUCAAUCUUUAGUCGAUGUGUUCUCAUUUUUGAGGAUAAUACGAUUACCGACCCUGUAUUUUUACAUAACAAGGAGUCUCGAUGUUUUGGGGGCAAAAAGUCUCACGAUUCACAUUCUGAAGAACAUUCUUGUCAAUUAUCUGGUGUUCCAUUGGUUCGCCUGCUUUCAGUACAUGAUACCGCAGAUUCGUUUUUACACUUACGGAGAAAUUUUGGCCGAGUCUUGGGUUGAAAGAACUGAUAUUCCCGAGUUACCUUUUAUUUCAAAGUACGUUAUUUGCAUUUUUCGAGCCGCGGGAUGCCUACUUUGUAUCACUUUUGAGGAAAUUACAAUCGACGUGUGGGAAGAGAAGCUUUUAGCGCUCGCUAGUUUCAUUUUCGGAAAAGUUUACGUUUUUUACAUCACCGUCCUGCUUUUGAAUUUCUUGCUCAGACAAAGGUCUCUUGAGGUCAAAUAUUUUGAGACCAUCAGCCAGGUUCAAGCCUACAUGAGCCAAAAACAACUACCAAUGUCGAUGCAAACGCGACUUUUGCAGUUCUACGACUACAAGUACAACAAGAAGUUUUUCAAAGAAAGGGGGAUUGCUAGUCUGCUUUCGGAGAAACUGAAAGGAGAGAUAAACCUGAAUGUGUGUAGUAAAUUGGUGCAGAACGUGGAACUGUUGGCCCAUCUUCCACAACAAACCUUGGAACAGGUCGUCACGAAUUUGAAGCCUGAGAUAUACUUGUCCAACGAUAUUAUAAUUAAGGCGGGUUCUGUGGGUGAUUGUAUGUACUUUUUGGCUAGUGGGACGGUGGGAGUGUGGACACCUUCUGGCAAAGAAGUGUGUCAUCUGCAUGAUGGUGCCUACUUUGGAGAGAUCUCCCUGGUUUUCAAGGAUAAAAGGAGAACUGCCAAUAUCGUGGCUGUUGAAAUUUGCGAAGUCUACAAACUGGACAGGAGGGCUUUCAAGAACUGUUUCAAAACCAAUACGGAGCUGUACAAAAUGCUUGAAGAUGUGGCCAAUGAGAGAAUGGAAAUCACACAAAUGUAUGAAGACGUCCAUACCAAAACUUUCAUGGAGUUGAGUCACUGAGUGAAUACUUUUGCCUGGGAUUUUGUUGCUGUUAUAAUUGUAUUUUUCUGUUAUGUACGAGUAAUUACCUAAAUAAAGUUUACACGUAGUACAUUCCAUAGGUACUACAAU